AUGUCGAAUACAUUUAUGCGUGAACUUGAUCUUAAAAUGCAACAAGUUAAAGAAUAUGGUUUAAUUACACAUGGUUACUAUAAUGAAAAUAUACAAUAUCCUACUCAUGUUCGUCGUAGUCAUGAUGGAGAAAAAAUAUCACGAACAACAUCCAUAUUUUCUCGAUCAAGUAGUCAUAAGAAAAAACCUCAUCUAUCUAAUACAACUAUAUUAACAUCAUCAUCACAUGAAAAUCAAACAAAAAUUAAACAAAAAGAAUCAACGACUCGACAAUUAUCCUAUGAUGAACGUCAAACAACAUUGAUUAUCCCACCAAAUAAAACUGUUAAUGAUAUAAAUCCAUCUUUAAAUAAUGAUAGACUUGAUAUACAUAGAAAAUCUUCAUCAUCAUCAGCGAAUUCAUCUCCAAUAUUGAGUUCAUUUCGACCACAUUCAAUUGCUGGUUUAUCAUCAUCAUCAACAUUAACUGAUGAACAACAAAUUAAUUCUCUAUCACAUUCAUCUCAAUCAUUAGUUAAUCAAUCACCACCAACAAAAACAUUAACACAAAGAUUUUUUUCUAAACUCUUUCAUCAUCCAUCCAAAUCCUGA